AUGCCACACUAUCCUUACCAGCACAUCCUUCUUAACAAAAGAGGCGAUACUCUAUUUGCUUCAGCGGCAAACUCGGUUUUCGUGUUUUCGAUAUCUGGAACUGAAGCUACGUUAAUAUCAAAAUGGACAGAUCAAAUCGAUCCUUACUAUGGUAUUCGAAAGCACCACAAGGACCUAAUGGAGAAGUAUGAAAGGGAGCAGCGAGAACUGGAUGAGGCCGGAAAUAAUGAAAAGAAACAAAAGGCUCCUAAGAUGCCAAUUCCAGGACCUGGUGCACCCCCCACAUUUACAUAUAUUAGAGGCAUGCAUCUGACUAGAGAUGAUACACAUUUGAUUAUACUGACUGAUAACGACAAGGCGGCAGUUGUGUUCAAAGUGAAUCCAUUAGAAACUGGCUCUCCGUCUUCAGUUCUACGACUUGUCAAACGUCAACCUUUUCCUAAGAGACCAUCUGCUGUUACUACAUCGUUGGAUGAUAAAAAUAUUCUCGUUGCAGACAAGUUUGGUGACGUUUAUUCUGUUGGAUUAUUGGACACAGAAAUCCAGGAUGAAGAGAAGAUGCAACCAUUACUUGGACAUGUGAGUAUGCUUACAUGCAUUGAUAGUUCAGUGGAUGAAAACGGAAAGGAGUGCGUAUUAACAUCGGAUAGAGAUGAGCAUAUUAGAGUUUCAUACUAUCCAAAGAGUUAUGUCAUUAAGAAGUGGCUUUUUGGCCAUAAAGAAUUUGUUUCCAAAUUUGUUUUACCAAGUUGGAGCAAGGGAAAAGUUCUUGUGAGUGGAGGAGGAGACAACUUUAUUUGCUCUUGGCUAUGGCAAGCAAAGGAGGGUGGAGAGUUGGUGAGUCAAGUGUCAGUUGACGAAUUGGUGAAGAAUUAUUUGGGAGACAAGCAUUUGGUUCCUGAAAAGUUUCAAAAUGAGAAUCAUGACUUCAAGGAGUAUUGUGUAUCUGACAUUAUUCCAGUUGACUCGUGCCAUAAGUUGGCGUUUAUCUUUGAGAGGGUGAAUGCUCUUUUCUUGUUUGAUCUGAAAGAUGAUGGUACUCUAUCUUAUGACAAGACAGUAGAUACCGAUGCUGAUAUAAUUAGCGGCACCGUGUCUGGCGAUAUUCUUAUAUUGAGUGUUGAAAGUGAGGAAAGACCGAUAGUUGCAUACAAGAUUGAGAAAAAAGGUGACACUUACGACAUUAGGCAGAUAGCGGGCGCCUUUCAAGCAGUUUCAGAGAAUAGAGUGGAGGUUCAAAGCGACGACUCCAAACAGAAUGUGCCAUUAUUCACAGUGGGUGGUCUUAGAAAGAGAAGAGAACACUGA